AUGAGUAUGCCGACAUAUGAUACCGGUCCUGAACAGUUUCAGCAGUUUCCAUCGAACAGGAUUAUAGUAAUACAUCCUGGCUCGCUCUAUGUGAGAAUAGGACGAGCUUCUGACUUGCUUCCAGUCAAACAACUUCAUUGUAUUGCGAGAAAACGACGGCCGGGAGGGAAAAUAUAUCGUGAUCCAUUUAUACCACCAAGUGUUCCUAAAACCAAAGAACUCAUUGAAGAAUUGGAAGAAUGCCGCCUGCAGAUAUCUCACACCCUUCAAUCCUGUAUGCAAUCGAAUGGUGCUCGUCGCUAUGCAACGCCGCCCCAGCAAAUCGCCGCCUUUAACAGACGAUCUUUACCGGAAACCCUCAAUGAUGGAGAGCUAUGGCCUCAAGUGGAAUGUGAUGUCGUAGUUGGUGAUGUAGUGCUCGACAUCGAUCCAAAAUUACCCUAUAAUAUACAUUUUCCCUUCAGAAGAGGUGAUUUUAACUUGCACUCUGAAGUAGGAGGCUCUAUUUCCUCAGUAUUAAAUGAUUUAUACACUAUAUGGAGUUACAUAAUUGAGUUCAAAUUGGGUAUACCUCUUAUAGAGCUUGUUAAAUACCGUUGUGUACUAUUAAUACCAGAUAUUUAUUCAAGAAGCCAUCUCAAGUGUCUGACGUCGUUAUUGUUAAAAGACCUGGGUUUCGGACACUGUUUUCUUGUGCAAGAAAGUGUUGGUGCCACAUUCGGAGCAGGUAUUGGGUCGGCCUGUGUAGUGGACAUAGGUGAUCAAAAGACGGCAAUAUCUUGCGUGGAAGAUGGUAUAUCACAUAAAACUACAAGAUUAAGAAUGGAUUAUGGAGCUGGAGAUGUUUGUCAAGCGUUAUCUUGGAUGUUCCAUAAAAGUGCAUUUCCAUACAAAAAUUGGACAGAAAAUGUACCGAGAGAUGUUAUCUUAAUGCGCAAUCUUUAUCAAGAUUUUUGUCAUGUAAAUUUAGAUGUAUGUGGACCUCAGGAGAAGACUUUUCUGGUUGAUCAUCCUGGAGAACCAGUCAACAAAUACACAUUACAAGUAGGAGAUGAAUGCAUCAUAUCGCCACUUUCAUUAUUCUAUACGGAUUUAUUAAAAAUAACCGGCACUAAGAUGACGAAAAUACAAAAUCGACAGCCGAGUGAUGCCGAAGAUCCUUUUGACGCUGAAUUUCUCAGAGAGACUGGUAGAAAACGCGAAACUGCUGAUCCGACAGCAAAUGAAAGCCAGAAUUUUGAAGCUGCUAAUGAAACUCAACCGAGUAUCAACCCUGACGAGGAUAUAGUUGUUGAUACUUUAGAGACGGGUCCAGGAGAAAUCGUAGCAUUAGCUCCUGGCCAGGUUUUGAGCUUGGACGCUGCAAUAUUACAAAGCAUAGACCGAUGUACCAGCGAGGAAUUGAAACGUAAAAUGUAUAGCAGCAUAUUGAUUGUCGGUGGAGGGGUUAAAGUUCAUGGGUUAAACAUAUGGCUACAGAACCGUCUAGCACUCCAAAUUCCCUACACAUAUAAAACAGAACAAUUAGAAAUCGUGACAUCACCUAAGGACAUAGAUCCCGCUAGUACUGUAUGGAAAGGGGCGGCAGUGAUGUCUUGUUUGGAGUCAGCUAUUGAAUUAUGGAUAAAUCAGAGUGAAUGGAGUCGAUAUGGACUGAAGAUAUUAAGGGAAAGAGCACCAUUUAUUUGGUGA